CCACUUAAGGCGGGGCCGGGGAGUUCUGGCAGCGCAGGAGCCGGGCAGCAGAGCCAGGCUGGGCUGGCACUCACCCACGACCCCCCUUCCCUGCUAUGAUGGCCCAUCAGUAGCAGGUUCCAGACCCCCCGGGGGGCAUGUGGGCAGAGCCAGCGGCAGCCAGGUGCGCAGAGCCACAAGAGCUCUAGGGCACUCUGGGGGCAGCUCUGCCUGCUGGGCUCUCUGGUGCCUGGGGAAAUGCCCAACUGACGGGCGAGCUAGUGAGGACAAGAACGUUCCCUGUGGCCUGAGUCCUCUGCAUCCAUGGCGCUGCCGGCCAGGCUGGUGCCCCUGUGCUGCUUGGCGCUUCUGGCGCUGCCUGCCCAGAGCUGCGGGCCGGGCCGGGGACCGGUUGGCCGGCGCCGCUACGUGCGCAAGCAGCUCGUGCCGUUGCUCUACAAGCAAUUUGUGCCCAGCAUGCCCGAGCGGACCCUAGGCGCCAGUGGGCCGGCAGAGGGGAGAGUGGCAAGGGGCUCCGAGCGCUUCCGGGACCUGGUGCCCAACUACAACCCGGACAUCAUCUUCAAGGAUGAGGAGAACAGUGGUGCAGACCGCCUGAUGACCGAGCGCUGUAAGGAGCGGGUGAACGCGCUGGCCAUUGCCGUGAUGAACAUGUGGCCCGGAGUGCGCCUACGGGUGACCGAGGGCUGGGACGAAGAUGGCCACCAUGCUCAGGACUCACUCCACUACGAAGGUCGUGCCUUGGACAUCACCACGUCCGACCGCGACCGCAAUAAGUAUGGGUUGCUGGCGCGGCUGGCAGUGGAAGCCGGCUUCGACUGGGUCUACUACGAGUCCCGCAACCACGUCCACGUGUCGGUCAAAGCCGAUAACUCACUGGCGGUCAGGGCAGGCGGCUGCUUUCCGGGAAAUGCCACCGUGCGCCUGCGAAGCGGAGAGCGGAAGGGCCUGCGGGAACUGCACCGCGGAGACUGGGUGCUGGCUGCAGACGCGGCAGGCCGGGUGGUGCCCACGCCCGUGCUGCUCUUCCUGGACCGGGACUUGCAGCGCCGGGCCUCUUUCGUGGCUGUGGAGACCGAGCGGCCCCCGCGCAAGCUGUUGCUCACGCCCUGGCACCUGGUGUUCGCCGCUCGGGGGCCAGCGCCCGCACCGGGCGACUUUGCGCCGGUGUUCGCGCGCCGGCUGCGGGCGGGGGACUCGGUGCUGGCGCCCGGCGGGGACGCGCUUCGGCCGGCACGCAUAGCCCGCGUGGCGCGCGAGGAAGCAGUUGGCGUGUUCGCGCCGCUCACAGCACACGGGACGCUGCUGGUCAACGACGUCCUGGCCUCGUGCUACGCGGUUCUGGAGAGUCAUCAGUGGGCGCACCGCGCUUUCGCUCCUUUGCGCCUGCUACACGCGCUGGGGGCGCUGCUUCCCGGCGGGGCCGUCCAGCCGACUGGCAUGCACUGGUACUCGCGGUUCCUCUAUCGCUUGGCGGAGGAGCUGCUGGGCUGAGCGCGGCGGACCCAGAAACCCAGAGGCGCCUGCUGAAACCGGGGCGUUCGGGCUGAGAUCUGGGGAUGUGGGCAGCAGAGGAGGCUGACUGCGGGGGGAGGAAGGGAUGGGGAAAAAAAUGGAGGCGAGACUGGACUGCUUGGUUUAGGGGCAACCUCCAGCUGAGAGGAGAUCCCUGGUCCUAGGUAGACGGGGUUGAUGGUGGGUACUCCCUGACGAGGACUAUUUCACCUCUUCCCGAGUGCCUCGGCCCCACCCGACUAUUUUAUUUUAUUUUCUAUUUAUAAAUUGUAAUAUAAUGAUCUGCUUGCCCCGCCUGGCAAGGUGAGGGGCCAGGGCACGGCGUUAACACUGUCUGACACAGCCAGCCAAUCUGACGUCUGACAUUUUCCUACAGGUGGGCUAAUAAAGGGAAGGCUUGCAGGA